AAUAUGGUGCAAAAUUUUCCAACCUUAACGAGGAGACGUUCCGACAAAACCAUAAAGGAAAAGAUAAAGAAAUAGCGUCAAUCUCUUCCCACCGCCACCGCCACCGCCACCGCCGCCGCCACGGUCACCUAACUCCCCCUCUACCCACCUCCAGCACCUUUUUAUCUCCUUCACCAAAUCCGUCUAAAUCUAAAAAAAUUUUCUGCUAUUUUUAGUAUUUGGCCAGAAAAACAAAAAAUAGUAUAAGUUUUCCAAAAUCCGCUCUACAUGCCAAUUUCCAACCAAGAAAACCACCGCCGCAUCUACCACCGUUCUCCGCCACAAUACCUCAGCAGGGGCCAGAGAAAAAUACUCCUAUUCUUACUCAAAUGGAUAAUCAUGGUUGUCGUAAUAGCCAUCUUCCUCUUCUUCCUGGGCUUCGCCGCCGUUGCCCUGUUCCACCUUCUCUUGUUGUCCAACACUUUCAACCGCCGGUGUACCCGCUUCUUCCAUCCCAACAGCGCCGCUGCAGCUGCGGCUGAAGGGUUACCUCCGAUGCAGGAUAUUUUCCCAGUCGUCGCUUAUAGCGUCGCAGCUUUUCCAAGGGGAUCUGAUUGCGCAAUUUGCUUGGAUUCGUUUGAAGAAGGGGAUGAGUGUAGGAAUCUUCCGGUUUGCAAGCACUUGUUUCACGCGAAAUGUGUGGAUCGGUGGAUUGGCAAGAAACCCACUUGCCCCGUUUGUCGAACCCGGGUUGACCUGGAUCCUGCAGGGCUGGCAGGGUCAAGAAUUUGGGAAGAUGAUCGAUGGAAGAGGCUUUAGGCUGUUGAUUUGAGGAGGGAACUUCUUAUUGAAUAUUGGUGGCUUGACAAGUAGAAGGAAAUUCAAGAAAUUGGCUGUGGACACUUUCUAUUACUGCAAAUGGAUGAUGUUUUGUAAGUCUAAAAUCCGUGACCAUACAAUGCUUCUGCCUUUUGUGACUUCGCCUAUGUACAUGUAUCCUUUUUGGAAAUGAUCACAUACCUUAAGAUUGUUAGUUUCGCUUUUGAUUUAGUCUGGUGGAUACCCUUUCUUCUAAAAUCAAUUAUGCUGAAAUGAUUGUGAGGAUUACAGUUUUGUUAAGGAUAGAGUUGUGGGCAAUAAUCAUUUCUAGUAUUUUCAGAGCAGUUUGGAUGAGACUUGUCUCUAAAAUGUCCUGAAAAAUUUCAAGAAUACUAGAAUGUACAAUUAGAAUUAA